GCUUCCUGGUGCCAAUGUGCGGAGGUCCAAUGUUGUUGAUAGAUGAAUCCAAACAUCCUUAUACCCCCAAAGUCCCAUGACAUUAUAGUGUGAUGCUUCCUGAAGAGUUUCCCCCUGAAUACAUUCUUGAAGCCAUCGACAACAUGGCGCCAACCAUCCUCAAAGGGAAAAGGUCCUCCGGGUCCCCCAAGCCCAAAGUCAUCCUCUUUGACAUUGGCGGCGUCUGUGUCAUCUCCCCCUUCCAGUCCAUCCUCAACUACGAACUCCGUCACUCCAUCCCCCCAGGCUGGAUCAACCACUCCAUCUCGCGCUCCGCCCCUUCAGGCUUCUGGCACCGUCUCGAAACCGGUUCCAUUCCCAUGGACGCUGCCUUCUUCGCCGGCUUCAACCGGGACCUGCACAACCAAUCCCUCUGGGAAUCCUUCUACCGGUCUCACCACCACCACCACCAACAAGCCAAAAAGCACCACCACCAUCACCGCUCCUCAUCAUCAUCAUCAUCAUCAUCAUCAUCAUCAUCAUCAUCAUCAUCAUCUUCUUCAUCUUCUUCAUCUUCUUCUUCUUCUGGUUCUUCUUCUGGCUCUGAUGAACUACUAUCGAUCCCGCCCAUCCCCCAAAUCGACGGCGAGUGGCUAUUCCACGACAUGAUGGAGCACGCUCGAGCUCCAGACCCCUGGAUGUUUCCCGCCCUCCAAAAACUCAAGGAAGACGGACGGUUCGUCGUCGCGGCACUGAGUAAUACGGUGAUCUGGCCGGAGGGGCACAAGUGGGCGGAGAAGGGGGACUUCUUCAGCGAUCCGUUGCGACAGCUAUUUGAUGUUUUCAUUUCGUCGGCGCAUGUGGGGUUAAGAAAGCCGGAUCCGAGGAUCUAUCAGUUGGCGCUUGAAAAGGUAGAUCAGUUUGCGAGGGCAAAUGCUGACUCCGAAAGGGGGAAGAGGGGCGGUUGGGCAGAAGGGGUGAGGCCGGAGGAUGUUGUGUUUCUGGAUGACAUUGGGGAGAAUCUGAAGGCGGCGAGGAAGGCUGGGUUUAGGACUAUCAAGGUUGGGUUGGGAAAGGCGUUUGAGGCGGUUGAUGAGCUGGAGAACGUGACGGGGUUGAAGCUGGCUGGGGAUCACCCGAGGAUUGCGGUGAAGCCGGACUUUAGUGCUGCGAAGGAGGCGAAGGCGAAGUUGUGAUAAUGCUGAUGAUUGACAUGGGGUGUUAGGUAUGAGUUGAUGAUGAAAAAGAAUCUGACUGUUUUCAUGAUUCAUGUGUGAAGUCCUGAUAACUACUAAUGU